AUGGGACAAGGAAUUUCUACUCCUUAUGUUCGAAUGCUGAAGCAUUCACUCGCUGUUUAUGGUGUUACUGUAGCUUCUUCUGAUAUAGAAAUGUGUUUGAAGGUGGUUCGUGAAUGGAAUCCCUGGUUCCCGGAAGCAGGAACCUUAGAUAUGGAAUGUUGGCAGCGCGUUAGACAUAAUAUAGAGAAGGCUAUGAGGCAAGGGGAAAAAAUCCCUGUCAGAUUUUGGUCUAUUUGGUCAAUGAUUUUUACGGUGCUCCGAGCAAUGGAGAACGAUAGGACUGUGGAGGACUUCCCUAAAGAAAUUACUCCGGCUAUACAGAAUCUUCCUUUAGACUCUGACGAGAAAAAGGAGGUAGAGAAGGACGCUUUCAAAUUUACAUCUUCCCGAGAGCCUAGUGAAUGUAAUGAGAAUUCUGAUGUUAAAAUAGAAACAAAAGAUAUGAUUCCUCUAAAAAUCGAGGAUAUUUGGAAAAUUUUCCAACAAAUUAUGUCCUUCUCGGAGAAACCCAAGCAAGAUCAAACACAACCAUCGGCGCCGCCGAUAUCUAUCAGACCAAAAUUGUCUUUGAAAAAUCCUUUCUUUUCUGCUGCGCUAGCUGAGCUUGAUAGAAUAAAGGAUCAUGAUACUUUAGAGGAAGAUAUUAAUGCUUUUGCCUUCCCUGUAAUCAGGCCUCCUCCUGUGCAGGGAGUGGCUCAAGCGCCAUAUUAUGAUGGUAUAAACAUAGAAGAUAUAACUCGUUUAAAAAAGGCAGUGACAUUAUAUGGGCCACAGUCGCAUUAUGUUAAAGAGUUAUUGGCUGGUAUGGCCCGACAUUAUAAUAAUUUUGCUCCUGAGGAUUGGAGAAUAAUAUGUAGAGCUCUACUACAAGAGCCAGAAUACCUGCAAUGGCAGAUGUGGUUUUCUGAGCUUUGCUUAGAACAAGCCCGUAAAAACGCUCUUAGCGCCAAUCCUAGAAUUCAAGCUAUUUCAUAUCAGAUGUUGGCAGGAAUAGAGCAAUAUGCUGAUGUUGCAGCACAAGCUAACACCCCAGAGGAAAUACAUGAUCAAUUACGAGAAAUUAGUAUAGAAGCCUGGGAACGGAUCCGACCAACAGGAGAACAUUAUGGGUCCUGGACCAAGGUUAUACAGAAAACUAAUGAACCUUAUGUCGAGUUUUUAUCUCGGUUAAAAUUAACUAUAGAAAGAACUGUAGCUGGAGAAGAAGCCAGACUGCAAUUGUUAAAGUUAUUAGCUUAUGAAAAUGCUAAUGAUGAUUGUAAACGGGCCUUACUCCCC